AGCUAUUAGUGAUAAGAAUUAGGAAGGUUGAACUUAUGUUAUAGUGUUAUCAAAUUACGCUUUUUUUUAAAGCAUAAUUAUUAGAAAUGCGUAAUGUUAUUUACGAGGCUUGUAUCGAGGACAGCUUUCAGUUUUUUCAUCAAUGUCAAAUAUUUGUCUUCUGGUAGUUACCCGUGCCAUGUAGAAGAACUGAAAGAUAGAGCUAUCUUGAGGGUGAGUGGCUGCGAUGCUUCUCAGUUCCUCCAGGGCCUGGUCACAAACGAUGUUCGGGUGCUGGACACCGGAGCUAAAAACUGCAUCUAUACAAUGUUCCUCAAUAUCAAAGGGAGAGUUCUGUAUGACACUCUUAUCUAUAAAGACUGUAACCAGGGCUAUUUGAUCGAGUGUGAUCAGACCUGCAUACAAGAUUUAUUGAAACACAUCAAAAUGUAUAAGUUGAGGAAGAAUGUUGUUCUCGAGCUGGACUUGGAGACCAGGAUUAGGGUGAUUUUUGGCUCAGUAGCACAUAUAGAUCUAACGACUGGACUCUUAUCACAAGAUCCGAGACAUACCGAUUUAGGUCACAGAUAUCUAAGUGAUGCUAAUGUAUCAACAUGUUGUCAACCUGUUAAUGGAUUGUACAAGGAAAAGAGGUUCAAACUUGGCAUUGCUGAAGGAGUGAAUGAAAUUUCUAAAGGAGAAAUGUUCCCAUUGGAAAUGAACCUUGAUUAUUUGGAUGGUGUGUCUUUUAACAAGGGUUGCUAUCUUGGACAAGAGGUCACUUCAAGAACUAAGCACACAGGAGUUGUGAGAAAACGCCUCAUGCCCCUUGAAUUUUUGGGCAAUGUCAAACCACGUCUUGAAAUAAAAGAAAAUGAGGAAGGAAAGAGGGAAAAGACCAUCGGGAAAAUCAAAGCAGUAUACGGCACUCUCGGCCUUGGCUUAGUAAGGCUAGUAGAAACUACAUCCCCAGCGUUCAAAGCUGCUGGCAUAGUAGUCAAACGGCCGACAUGGUGGCCAGAGCAAAAUGGCAAAACUUGAAUUCAUUUGAUAAAAGUCUAGUCUAUUUUAUCCUUUUGUUAAUUUAUUGAAAUAUUUCUUCAUUUACUACUUUUUGUUAUAAUUUUAAGUAGAAUAUAAUCAGACACUAUAAACUGUAUUUAUGUUUUGUUUUAAAUACUACAAAAUGCCAAGGUAAGGAAAUGAUCAAGUUAAAAAUUGUAAAACAUUGUGAUUUAUGAAAACAAAUUAAUUAAACUCUUUGUUUGUGGUAUUGUGUGAUUAAAUUUUUAUUUUAAAACUUAAGAACAUUAUAUUUGUUCCAUCAAACAUCAAAACCAUCUAUAAACUUGUGAGAGCAUGCACAGUUGUGUUUGGGUAUUCCAACACCAUACAAAUAAAAAAUAUAAAAAAACUGUCAGCCAGGCGCUUCAACAUUGUUUGGUGGUCAAGUUUUGACCGAUUUUUGACUGUCAAAAUUUUGAAUUUUGCUAUGGACUGGCAAUUAGAGACAUGUACAUAUGUUUCCCUUCGCUUUUGUUCUUCAAAUGGAGAGUUCUACAACUAGAACAAAUAUGCUCAUAGCUAUACACCUCAAAUAUGCAAUUAAUUUGCUUUAAUAAUAUUAAAAUAUGGAAGAUGAAUGCCAGACAUCACCUGAUUAAUAAUUUCUUAUUAAUACUUUUUUUUCAUCUAGUACAUAUUCAUUUUUGAAGGAAAUAGAACAGAAAAAUUUCAGUCACACAAAAAAUCAAUUAUAUAAAUAAUAAAUUAGAUAACGUAAAAUUAAUAAAUUAUUGUAAGGAGGACUGAAAAUUAGAUGUCCUCACAUAAGAUACCAAUUAUUUCAAAACA